AUUUUUAAUUGGAUUUAUUCUGGGGUGGGGGGGGGGCAAUUCAUUGUAUGUGUGCCAUUGUUUAAUUGACACGGAGAAGGCUCGAGAAACGAGUUGAGGAAGUGCUCAUUUGCAUUCUCACGAGAGGAUCGGAUUAGCGAGCCCGCGAGGGCCGCCAUUGACCUCUGACACUGCUUCCUGGUGAGAGAAAAAAAAAAAAAGAGACAAGGAGGAGAGUCGGCCAGGAAAGCCCUCUAAUGAGUAGCACUACUUUUAGAAAGUUUGUCUACAUUUCUGUCGUGUAUCGUGGACGAUUAAGGAGAGGAAGAAAAAAAAAAAAUCACAAAAUGCGACCUUUUGUAAAUCGCGUUUGUAUAGUUUGUCCCAGUGGCUUUGCCGUACUUUCUGUUGCCAAUUGUUGAGCGCAUGCGCAGUAAAGGAGAGCAACACCUGGCGAGUUUGUCACUUGACGACUUUUGGUCAUUUGUGCGUUGACCCGCCCGAAAAAGAAGGAAAACGUGAAUGUGCGUCAUGCAUGACGAGUUUGGAUGGAAACUUUGAACGUUCCUUGGCGUUUGAACCCUGUUUGAAGUCGAGUUGUCGCAGCUCCCUUCCAACUCCCCCGAGUUUGCCGUCACCAUGGCGACGUGCUCCAUCACCCUCCAGCAGCCCGCCGACGAGCGAGCGAGCGACCUUGCAGCCAAUCGCGGACCAGGACUCGGCGAUGCGGGACGCUGGAGGGAUUCCGAGAAAAUUGGUCGUCCUCGCUGGCGACUGAUCAUCAUCCAGACUCCGCCCCCCCAAGUUUCUCUCUCUCUCUCUCUCUCUUUCUGUCAUUCUCUGGUUCUCCCUCCCUCUCUCCGGCGCGCCGCUUCCCGUCCCCCUCCAGAUGCGUCCGCCUCCCCGCCAGGAAGGUGCGCUUGCGACCGUCUGCCAGCCAGCGCCGCUGUGAAGGUAGGACCGGACGGACCCCGUCGCAGUGAACAUACCCGGCGCUUCGCAACUUGACACCCGGGCCCCCCCCUCCCCUUCCCCGCUCCCCUCCCCGCCCGCCUCCGCUGUCACACGCACCCCCCCCCCCCACUUCAUUCCCGGGAUUGGGAGCGAGAGCCGAAGCCAGCCAGCCAGCCGGCGCUCCCGGGAAGACGAGACCGCUGCCAGGCUCGGCAAGAUGAACGAGAGUCGGAGGGAAGCGCUGGCGGCGGCGGCCCCCGCGGCCACCGCCGCCGCCUCCUCCUCUUCCUCCUCGUCCAACACCACCAACGCGGCGGGCGGCCCUGGCGCCGGACCCAAGGACGAGGCCUUCUCCAAGAUCAAGGACAAAUUCAUGAACGAGCUCAACAAGAUCCCAUUGCCGUCGUGGGCCAUCGUGUCCAUCGCCUUCGUGGCCAUCAUCCUGGUGCUGGCCUGCUGCUUCUGCGUGUGCAAAAAGUGGAUCUUCAAGAAGAAGAACAAGAAGAAGGGCAAGGACAAAGGCAAAAACGCCAUCAACAUGAAGGACGUCAAGGACGGGGCCAAAACCGAGGCCUUGAAGGAUGAGGAGGACGCCGAGACAGGCCUGACGGAAUCGGAGAAAGAGGUCGAGCCCAAGGAGGACCAGAAACUGGGCAAAUUACAGUACUCGCUGGAUUACAAUUUCACCGAGAACACGCUGAUCGUCGGGAUCAUCCAGGCUGCCGAGCUUCCCGCCAUGGACAUGGGCGGCACGUCCGACCCGUACGUCAAGGUCUACCUGCUGCCCGACAAGAAGAAGAAGUUCGAGACCAAAGUCCACCGCAAGACUCUCAACCCCGUCUUCAACGAGCAGUUCACCUUCAAGGUCCCCUACGUGGAGCUGGGCGGCAAGACGCUGGUGAUGACGGUGUACGACUUCGACCGCUUCUCCAAGCACGACGCCAUCGGCGACAUCAAGGUGCCCAUGAACAAGGUGGACUUCAGCCACAUCACGGAGGAGUGGCGGGACCUGCAGAGCGCCGAGAAGGAGGAGCAAGAGAAGCUGGGCGACAUCUGCUUCUCCCUGCGCUACGUGCCCACCGCCGGCAAGCUCACCGUGGUGGUCCUGGAGGCCAAGAACCUGAAGAAGAUGGACGUGGGCGGCCUGUCAGAUCCGUACGUGAAGAUCCACCUGAUGCAGAACGGCAAGCGUCUGAAGAAGAAGAAGACCACCAUCAAGAAGAACACGCUCAACCCGUACUACAACGAGUCCUUCAGCUUCGAGGUCCCCUUCGAACAAAUCCAGAAGGUACAGGUGGUGAUCACGGUGCUGGACUACGACAAGAUCGGCAAGAACGACGCCAUCGGCAAAGUCUUUGUGGGCCUGAACAGCUCCGGAACCGAGCUGCGCCACUGGUCCGACAUGCUGGCCAAUCCCAGGAGACCCAUCGCCCAGUGGCACGUCCUCAAGCCCGAAGAGGAGGUGGACGCGCAGCUCUCCACCAAGAAAUAGGCAGGACCCCCGAACCCCACCCUCCAAGACGCCCCCCGCCCCCACCCGUCACCUCCUCCACGCUCCUGCCUUCUUGUAUAGCGGGGGGUGGGCAAAGUGUGGCCUGCAUUAAAAUUGGUUUUACAGCAAAUGUUUUUUAUAUUAAUUUGGUCAUUUUAUAUCAAUGUAGCUACUUUUUCCCCAAAGUUGCGCAAUCAAAACGUUUCCAUUUUUUUUUCAUUAAAUUUCAUUUAUCUCAUGAUUUGUUGUAGCUCAAAAAAUUGAAAACAUUGUCCAAGAGCCCCAAAAAAGUCCUUUA